CUACCAUGUAUCAUCAGUGUGUUAAACAGUCAAAAAAGUUUAUGACUCAAGCUGUCUACCUAUUACCCUAACUAUCCUAGAUAACCAUUGCGAACAGAUUGAUUUACCUUUUUUUUUUUUUAUAAAAAAAAAGAAAGAGAAAUCACAGAAAGACAUAGACUCAGCAUUCCCAAGAUUUGAAAUUUACUAAAAAUACUGCAUGACUGGACACACGCGAAAAUUCUUGAUUUAAGAAAUGGCGUCUUCGACGGUGAGUCCCUCUUCGGGGGAUCUCACCACCCAUAUUCUUCAAUCCCUCGACAAUUCCUCUCCGCUCCUAUCCACUGAAGCACUCCCUACCGCGGGCUUCGCCGAGGUGAAAGCGGCCCUAGAUCGAUUGGCUUCCCGUGACAUGGUCAGUUACGAGACCAUAGAACGAGAGGAGGCCAUAUUAGAACCCGAGGGCGAGCUAAUCGCGGCCAAUGGCAGUCAUGAGGCACGCGUGUUUGAAGCUCUGCGCUCUGCAGUCGAUGGCCUCACCGUGCAAGAUCUAGAAAAAGCCAUUGGUGACAAGAACAUCGUUAAGAUUGGACAAGGCAAAGCAUUCAAGGAGAAAUGGAUAUCAAAAACCAAGGACGGUAAAUUCAAGGCCACGGCAGAGUCGAUACAGGAUAUCACCAAAGAGCAGAUGCAAACUAUAAAGGCGACACGGACAUACCCCGAUGUCAAGCUGCUAGCCGAUUUGAGGAAGCGCAAGCUUAUCAGGAUGCAGAAGAUCAUCAGCUUCAGAAUCCAUAAAGGCCCCAAGUUCGCCCUCAAAAUUCCCGAAGAGGCUACUGACCUGACUGCCGACAUGAUCACAACGGGCUCGUGGAAGACGGCCACCUUCAAGCCCUACAACUUCAAAGCUUCUGGCGCUGAUCAACGGUCAGGUGCCUUGCAUCCACUCAACAAGGUCCGCGCCGAGUUCAGACAGAUUUUCUUCGAGAUGGGCUUCGAAGAGAUGCCAACUGAUAGAUUUGUCGAAUCUGGUUUCUGGAACUUCGAUGCCCUGUUCGUACCGCAACAACACCCGGCCCGUGAUUUACAAGACACCUUCUAUAUUUCCGAUCCCCAGGCCGCUGACAAGCCACGAGCAACAUCACCCGAAGAUGAGAAGGAUUAUGAUGCUUAUUGGGAGAACGUGAAGGCAGUCCAUCAAGAUGGUAAAUAUGGGUCGAUUGGGUACCGGUAUCCAUGGUCUGGAGACGAGUCAUUACGGCUUGUCCUACGUACUCACACAACAGCCAUCAGCGCGAACAUGCUCCAUAAGUUGGCAGCUAAUAGAGGCCCCGACGGAGUGCCACCACCUGCGCGGUACUUCUCCAUCGAUAGGGUGUUUCGAAACGAGAGUGUUGAUGCAACUCAUCUGGCAGAAUUCCAUCAGGUUGAAGGUGUCAUUGCUGACACCAACCUGACUCUUGGGGGCCUUAUGGAAUUCAUGGAUAUUUUCUUUGGCAAGAUGGGCAUAACAGACCUCAAAUAUAAGCCUGCUUACAACCCCUACACUGAACCGAGCAUGGAGAUCUUCUCGUAUCACAAGGGCCUCGGUAAGCUUAUUGAGAUAGGGAAUAGCGGAAUGUUCCGGCCUGAGAUGCUCGAGUCCAUGGGUUUCCCGAAGGAAAUGCGUGUAUAUGGAUGGGGUCUGUCGUUGGAAAGACCGACGAUGAUUAAGUACGGUAUUUCGAAUAUUCGGGAACUAUUAGGACAUAAGGUGGAUUUGAACUUCGUGGAAAGUAGCCCUGCUGUACGAUUAGACAAAGACUAAAGAGAAAUGAAUUAAAAAUUUAUCUCAGUGAACUUAAACCACAAAUUUCAUGUUCAUGUAUUUGUAAGGCCCUAAGACCUCACAAGGCCUUUGGCCCUUAUGGGCCUCAUGAACCCUAAUGUCUCAAAUGUUAUGUGAUCUCCUUUUAUAAGAUAUGGGAUUGCCAAGCGUUGGUAAAUGGGAAUAGCUUCUCUUUUACUUUUUAAUAAGCUCAUUUAUCAUAUGCCCUUAUAUACGCUUAAAGCGU